AUGUCUACUGAUGACCUUGUCAAGCUCUUCCCUUCUCGUAUUCGCAGAAGGUUUUCUAGAGGUUUGACCAGGAAGCCAAUGGCUCUGAUUAAGAAGCUCCGUAAGGUGUUCCCGUUAUUCUGUAGUGAUAGAGAGUAUGUAAUUGGUCGGAGGAUAUGGAACUGUGGCGAAACUUAUUACUGUGUUACAAAGGGAGUAUCUGUUCCUUGUUUACCACGUAACAACAAACAAAAACGUGUAGACUUGUUCUACACUAGCUGGUGCAUUGGACCAGUGGAGUCAAGAAGAGACGAUGGAGUAACAAACAUGGGGAUACCAAGGGAGAUUGCAAAGCUUGGAGUGAGACGAGGAAUGUGGGGAGCAGUGAAGAAGAUGGAACUUCAAUUUUGUUUGAAACUUCAAUUUUAA